ACGUAGCCUUGCACAGAGCUCCCACACUCGCAGCUACCUCCCCCUCCCAACUGUUAUGAAACUCUCUCAGCAGCGCGUUUUGUAACCUUCCACAGAGCCGUCCAACCAAGCAGAAGUGUCCCCUGUGGUCAUGUGACUUGCUCGCUUUGCGCAGCGGCUGAGUUUAUGUAACAAGGAGAGGGGCAGACGGCUUUCCCUGACGGAAUGCUGCCACUGUAGUACAGAGUCGGGAGUUGUGGGGGUGGCUGCUCCAGAACCAUGUCGUCCCCCGCCGUGCGAGAUGGGAUACCGUGGCUCAGGGAACUGCUGGACUCUCACUCGCCGUCCAACCCGCGGCCCAGGCAGCUCGGAGCGUUGCUGGAGUACCUAGUGCAAAAGUACAGCUCCUGGGCUGCCGGAGGGACGGUCAGUAGGCUUGAGGAGGGCACUUUCCCAUUAAGCUGCCCGGGCUGCGGAGGAUUUCUCAGGGAGCCAGUGAGCACUCAGUGCGGCCACACGUACUGCCGCUGCUGCUUGAGGGGAGAGCCCAGGAGCCGGUGCCGGCUGUGCCGGGAGGAUAUGGGCCGAUCUCCCCGUAGGACCUGUGUGUUGCUUCAGCAGCUGGCGGACAAAUGGUUCCCACCGCUCCUGGGGACUAAAAGUGACCGGGAUGACGAGGUCCGUCAGCUGCUGGGAGCCGGGGCAUAUGCGGAGGCACUGCACUCUGUGGAGAGGUUUAUGGAGACAGAUCCAGAUGAUUUAAUGCUACAUGUUUACAGAGCCGACUCGUAUGCUGGCCUAUGUGAAUUUGGGAAGGCUCAUGAUGAUCUAGACUUUGUCCUUUCUAUGCAAAACAACUGGCCAGAGGUGUAUUAUAAGAAAGCCAAAAUACUUCAGGACAGCAGACAUAUGUAUGAAUCCCUGACAUUUUAUCUGAAAACCCUGGCUCUAGACGAAACCUAUGAACCAGCUAGGUCUGAGGUUGAAAAGAUUCUCAGUGACUUCCUAUCUCCUGCUCAAGACACAGUAGAAGGUAUCCUGAAGGAUCUGGAAAGGACCUCCUUACCAAACAGUCAGUUGAAACCUUUUGUGCUGGGGGCUGAUAAAGAAGAUGUUGCCUAUGAUUUGCAAAAUUCGGAGCAGCAUGAAGAGGUGCCAGAAACAGCAAAGAAUUUUAGUAGAAGCAGUCUCCACAGAACAUCUUCUGCACAUACAAUUCGCUCUGAGCCUCGCACUGAAGAUGAAAGCUUAAAAAGGGUGACCUCUGAACCUUUGCUAAGGAGCCAGGAAACGGGAGUUCUACUGAAAAGGAAAUUUUCCUUUUCUGAGCAAGAUGCAAGUGUAUGUGAGGAUGGAAGGAAAAAACAGAUUAAGCAGGGAGAACCCUCACAACUUGUGUUUCAUGGAAAAUCUAUUUCUGACACACUUAUUGAUGUUGUUGACUUUGAGUGUUCCCUAUGUAUGAGACUGUUCUAUGAACCAGUGACCACACCAUGCGGACAUACAUUUUGCAAGAAGUGCUUAGAACGUUGUUUAGAUCAUACGCCGCAUUGCCCCUUAUGCAAAGAAAGCUUAAGCGAGUUCUUGGCAAAAAGAAGCUACAAUGUGACGCACCUCUUGGAGUAUCUGAUUAAAAUAUAUCUCCCCGAAGAGCUCUUGGAAAGGAAAAGGGUUCAUGAAGAAGAAACUGCAGAAUUCUCAAACCUAACAAAGAAUGUGCCAAUUUUUGUCUGUACAAUGUCUUACCCUACUGUGCCUUGUCCACUUCACGUGUUCGAGCCUCGUUAUCGACUGAUGAUCCGAAGAUGUAUGGAAACGGGUACAAAACAAUUUGGGAUGUGCAUAAGUGAUCCAGAAAAUAGUUUUGCAGACUAUGGUUGUAUGCUGCAAAUUAGAAAUGUUCAUUUCCUGCCUGAUGGACGUUCUGUGGUGGAUACAGUUGGUGGAAAAAGAUUUCGGGUCUUGACUAGGGGAAUGAGAGAUGGUUAUUGUACUGCUGAUAUUGAAUACUUGUCAGAUAUUCAGGUUAAUCUGGAAGAAUUUCAGCAACUCAAGGAGCUUCAUGAUGCUGUGCAUGCACAAGCCUGCCGCUGGUUUCAGAAUUUGCGCAACAGGUUCCGCAGUCAGAUACUACAUCACUUUGGAGCAAUGCCAGAAACUGGGGCAGACAUACAGGCAGUCCCAAAUGGACCAGCUUGGUGCUGGUGGCUUCUUGCAGUUUUACCUGUGGAUCCUAGGUAUCAACUGUCAGUACUGUCUAUGAUGUCACUAAAAGAGCGUCUGCUGAAACUCCAGCACAUCCUCACCUGCUUUUCUAGAGACCAGUCCAAAUGACUAGCCGCCUGGAGUGCCCUUAAAAGUUAUCCAGCCCUGACUGUGAUCACAGCUGUGCUUUUCGCUGUCUUUGCACAUUUAAUCUUGGUAUAAAUUAAAUUUCUUUCGGAUUUAUGGAUCUCAUAAGUAACAGAUUGUUUAAUGCAGACUCAUUGGAUGGCUUGUGUGUUACAGUAACACACUGCACUAUGUUAAAAGUUUUUUGGGUUGGUAAAUUUGCUUUAUUUUGAACUUAAGGCUUCCAGGUGUAUACUGUUCUGCUGGGGACAAGGUAUACACAUUUUUCCAUUAAGAAGUCCACACAAAUUAUUUAUUAAAUGUUGCUUUGCUUUAGUUUAAACUUUCCAGUGAAAUUAUUACUUAUUGCUAUGUCCACACAUUGUGGGAUUGAUUGACCGUUACAUGUUAAAUUGUGCCUUUGGAAAACGGAGAUGGGCUAUCGGCUAUAGAUCUGAAUUUGGCAGCCUAGGUACAGUGAAAGUGACCUGCCUAGGACUUGCAAGUUUGAAACUGGCAAUUUAGCCAUUUAAAUGGGAAGCCUUUUAUAGUGACUGACAGCUGUAGACCUCAGACUUUUAAACCUUAACUUUUGAACAUAGAUGUCCUUGUCCAUCUAUCUGUUAUUUGAUUGGACAUUCCUCAUGAUUUAAGGCUCCCAUAAUACCUUCUGACAGCUCUGUUAAACUGCAGCUUUGCUUGUGUAGGCCUGUUAUAUUGCGUGUGUCCAACGCUUAAUUACAUGUGAUCUAUCUGCAGUAAUUAGCGUACCGCACAUCUUUCUUCCUUAAAAAAAGUAUUGUAAUUCAUUCUUAAAGGGGUAGCAGCAUAAUUUCAGACAUAAACAGUGACUCUGAUCCUUUCACAACUGUCAGGCAUUGUUAGUAAAACGCUUACCUUCCUCUACUGCCAAUGAAACUAUAAUUGAUUUCAUGGCCACUACUAUAUCCUCUCUAUUUUUCCCAUUUCCUUAGCUUUUUUCUGUUGCAGGUUCAUCAGUAAAUCAUUGACCUGCCCCCAUCCCUGCUACUAAAUAGUGUAUUUUGCAGCACAAGUGUGAUUGGACAACAGUUCUUUCAGGCAUGAAGUCAGGUUGAUAAGAACCAUACAGUUGAGGUGUUUUGGAGAAACUGGUGGUAAUGUUAAAAGUGAUUUGUGGCAUAAUGAGUAUGAACGUACAAACCUUUGCAUUCCUUAAAUUAACCAGUUACAGGGAUUUAUUUCUAAUCUCAACCUCAAGUGAAUUAAACAGUUACACAUUAUUUUAUGUUUGUCCUAGAGGACAAGAAACUUUUGGAAAAUGCAGUAGUUUGAGCUUCUUUUUGCUGGCUGCCAUGCCGCCAUCUUUUCCCAGCUUUCCUUUUAUCCACUGGUUGCUGUGGACAAGCGCAUAUAUUUCUGCAUGAAACCUUAUAGAAUUGCCACAGGGUUAUUCCUGGGAGGUUAGAAAAAGUUAGUAGAGUGACAUACAGCUUAAACUACACUGGUAGGCAUCCCCGACUGUUUCUAGUCGCUAGUAGUUAAUAGCUAGGCACCCCCCAGAGACUUCUUUUCCUUUAAUCCAUUGAAACAGAACAUUUUCAUCAGCAUCUCAGCAUUUAUUCCUGGUUUGAUUCCUUAUAUUAACAUUAGCAUCCUUUGCCCACUCUGCAGUCAGUAAGUAAAUAAUAUACUUUCUGAUUUGAUCAUAUUCCCCAUUUGCCUGACUGUUCAACAACAGUAGGAGGGAUCUGUCUUGUAAUCUUGAGAUGCCCAUUAUCAGUUCUGUCCAUAUAUAAUGAAGGUACCUGUUGUAAAGUGUUUAUGCUGUGUGCUCUAUGAGCCCUUUGUGCAAUAUAAAAUGCAUUUGCUGGAUCUGACUGCACACAGACAGCUGUAAGCCUUAUCCAUUGCCCGUGGGAGAAGAAAGCAUUGUGGUGGCUUUUAAAGCAGCCAAAUUUAAAGAAAGACAAAUCUCCAUAUCACAAUCCUUAAAAUGCUACUGUGAAAUAUUUUGUAUGUAACCUGUAUAUAACAUGUAAAUCUUGUAAUAUGCAAAAGUAAUUUAAGUCAUGCAUUAUAUGUUUUCAUAUUUUAUUUUAUACAAGUAAACUAUAAAAGAAACAAUAUACAA